AUGAAGUGGUCGACAACCAUGGCUCUCGCCGUCGCGCCUCUUGGCACCAUGGCCGCCAGCAACAGACUGCGCAGCGCCCACCCCGUCAGCCUUAACCCGCGGGCCGAGACCGAAAGCCUGCUCCGUGGACGCUCCAUUGCCAUCAUCAACGGCAUGAGCGGUUUUGGCCUGAACCUCAACGCGCGCAACGACAUCGUCAUCAUCUGGGCCAACCCGGGCAACAACGCCGAGACCACCACCAUCAACAAGCCCGUCACCGUCACCAAGACCAUCACCGCCGGCGCCGGCGAGGCCACCGCCGUCCCCGUCGCAGGUGGUGCCACGACGACCAUCAAGGAGGGCAAGACGGCCACCGUCCCCGCCACCGGCGCCAGCCAUACCGUCAAGGUCGGCGGCCCGGGCGGCCUCACCUUCCAGCCCGACCAGCUCAACGUGCCCGUCGGUGACUCGGUCGUCUUUGAGUUCCUCUCCCAGAACCACACCGUCACCCAGUCGCCGUUCAAAACACCCUGCAAGGCCAUGGAGGGCGGCAUGGACUCUGGCUUCCUGGCCAACCCCAACAACACCGUCUCGCCUCCUCCCCAGGUCGCGAUGCAGGUCAUGGCCACCACUCCGCUGUGGUUCUACUGCAAGCAGAAGGGUCACUGCGGCAAGGGCAUGGUCUUCUCCAUCAACCCUACCGCGGAUAAGACGCAGGCCAUGUUCCAAUCUCUGGCCAUUGCGCAGAACGGCACCGGCGAAGCUACGCCCAUCACUGGCGGUACCGGCAAGCCUGGUGCUGCGCCUGCUGCUCCUGCCCCUCCUGCUGCCGAGGCACCCAAGGAGAGUGCGGCGCCCAAGGAGGGCGGCAACGCUGCUGAGCCACCCAAGGAGAGUGCGGCGCCCAAGGAGGGCGGCAGCGCUGCUGAGCCACCCAAGGAGGGCGGCAGCGUUGAGCCACCCAAGGAGGGCGGCAACGCUACCGAGCCGGCCAAGGAGGGUGGCAACGCUAUUGAACCGCCCAAGGAGCCCGCAAACGCGGAGCAGCCCAAGGAGUCUCCCACCACUGAGUUGACGCCGCUUCCAUCGGCUGGUGCCGAGAGCGGUGCUGGUGGCGCCACGCCCGGUAAGGGAACUGUCGGUGCCGAUGGCAGCUGCACCUGUGUCGUUGCUUGCAACGCCGGCGGCUUCCCUGCCGCCGCCCAGGGUGCUGGUGCCUUUGGUGGAUUUGCUGGUUCUCUGCCGACCAACAUGGCUGCCCUGCGCUAA